AUGGCUGCGCUGAUCGCAGAAAAUUUUAAAUUUGCUUCUCUUUUCUUUAAGAGCAAGGAUGUUGUGAUCUUCAAUGGCUUCAUAGCCCUGGGAACGGUGGCUAGUCAGACAGCAUAUAACAUCUUUGCUUUUGAAUGCCCCUGUUCAUCACAACGAAAUUAUCUCUAUGGACUAGCUGCUAUUGGGGCACCGGCUCUAGCUUUAUUUCUCAUUGGGAUAAUGCUCAAUCGAAAUACCUGGGACCUUGUUUCAGAGUGUCGUAUCCGAAAAUGCCGAAAGUUCUCGAUGGCUUCGGCCUUUAGUCUGCUAGGUUCCAUACUGGGCCGAGCAGCAGUGGCUCCUGUUACCUGGUCCGUCAUAUCACUUCUACGAGGGGAAGCCUAUCUUUGUGCACUAAGUGAGUUUGUGGACCCUCAGUCUUUGGAAAACUUUCCUUCCAUUCAAAGUCAAAAUGUCAUGGCCCAGUUUCCCUGUAAGGACGUGCCUGCUGAGCUGCUGCGCUUUUGGGGACAGAUUGAACGUCGUCUCAAGUACGAAUCUCAGUUGUUGGGCUGGUUGAUAAUAGCUGUUAUCUCUCUCACCGUGUUCCUGAUGCUGUGUUUGAAGCGCUGCUGCUCUCCACUGGGCCACCAGCAGGAAGCAUACUGGUCCAGCUAUCGUGCGAACGAGAGCUCCAUUUUCCAGCGCACUGCUGAUGUUCACUCCAAGAUCCGUGCUGCUGAAAGUGUCAAAAAUUUCUUUGGAUUUGUGGCACUGGAGAAGGAGGAGAAGGAGCUUUUGGCGGUGUCUCAAGGUGCCAAAAAUUUUAUUCCCAGUAAGGAGUGGAACCGUAUCACUGGAGUUUACUUGUACAGAGAGAACACAGGCGUUCCACUGUACAGCCGCCUUAAUAAAUGGUCCAGUUAUGAAAUUGGAAACAACCAUGAAGAAAUGGAGAAAGAGAUGGAUGCCAUGAUAGGGGUUUAAUGACUAAAGACUCUAAAUGUAAUGUUUACUUAUUUUGAUGAGGAUGGUGUAUUUUGUUAGACAUGGUUAAUAAGCCUUGUGCUUGGACUAUUAUUUACAACCUAUGAAAGUUUCUACAUUGCUGGAUUCUGACAAAGCAUUUUAAAGAAAACAGAAGUGCGCUGGUUACUACACUUGAUAAUAGAAGUCUAUCCAUAAAAAUAAUAAAAUCACUCUGGUGUACAGCUGCCUCAACAAAGUGACCAGUCACACAUCCAAGAACAGACAUAAGGCCAUAAAGAAACAGGACA